AUUGUCCCCAUUAUCUGCAAUAUAAAAGAAUCGGAUUUCUGGUAAACAAUAUCAGUUUCCAUUUGAACUCAGUCGUAUCAGGGUUUCAAAAAAUAUUUACAAAAAUGCAUACCAAGGUCCUCUGCGUUUUCGCCCUUAUCGCAGCGGCGGCUGCUCAGCAUGGGCACCACGCACACUCCUCGCAGCACAUCUCCAAGCACGAUGAACAUCCUCAAGAGGUGACCAUCAAGGACCACCACGGACACGAGAAGCACGUCGACUAUUACACUCACCCCAAAUACAAGUUCGAGUACAAAGUGAACGACGAGCAUACGGGUGACCACAAGACCCAGAACGAGCAUCGUGAGGGAGACUCUGUGCAUGGUUUCUACAGCCUGCACGAGCCCGACGGCUCCGACCGACAUGUGCAUUACCACAGCGACCACCACACCGGUUUCCACGCUGACGUCAAACACAGUACCCACCACAUCGUUCCUCACCAUCAGCCACGUAUUGAUAUUACUAUGAAUGACACAGAUGCGGCAGCUGAGGCGGCCCAGGUCCUCAAGAGGCGGAAAUAUGAAGAUACGGAGAUUAAGUUGCUAUUGGCGUCGAGAACUUCUAUCUGUGAAGCCAUAGAUUUUAUAAAAUAUGGUUUACUUUGUCAGGUCCUCUGCGUUUUUGUCCUUAUCGCAGCGGCGGCUGCUCAGCAUGGGCACCACGCACACUCCUCGCAGCACAUCUCCAAGCACGAUGAACAUCCUCAAGAGGUGUCCAUCAAGGACCACCACGGACACGAAAAGCACGUCGACUAUUACACUCACCCCAAAUACAAGUUCGAGUACAAAGUGAACGACGAGCAUACGGGUGACCACAAGACACAGAACGAGCAUCGUGAGGGAGACUCCGUGCAUGGUUUCUACAGCCUGCACGAGCCCGACGGCUCUGACAGACAUGUCCACUACCACAGCGACCACCACACCGGUUUCCACGCCGAUGUGAAGCACAGCACCCACCACAUCGUUCCUCAUCACCACCAUCAUCAUUAAACUCAAAAAAGCCUUUUUAUUGAAUUUGUUAGAUAUA